AUGAGUAUGCGAGGAACGGAAUUGUCGAUAGCGAAGAGGAAGUAUGAUAUAAACCCGGAGAACAAUCGAUUGAUCCGCCGUACGUUGCGAGUGUCGUUCACGUUUCGAAAGGUGUCAACAACGAAAUGCAACUGUGAAUUCAUUGAGUACUGUGACUGGGAUCGGAAUGGUGCAAUGAAAAUACCGGACGAUGACGAGCAUGGGAAACGAAUCGAAAGCGAUUAUGUCACUGCGGUUCGUUUCGAAAAUGUUUUGAAUUGCACGUAA